AUGUUCACCCUAUCCAGCCAGACACAAUCUCAGCCCAUGCCCGCUCAGAUCGUCUCUGUCGAAGAUCCUUUGUGUCAAGAUGAUUUGCUCCGUUGUAGCUCGUGGAAGCACGCCUGUGGUGUCAAAUCGAUCGAUAAAAUUUGCGCCAAGACUUGUGGCAAAUGCGGUGGCGUAUCUUCCGUCUCUCAGCAGUACCCAGCUCCAGCUGCUCCAGCUCAAGUCGCUCCAGAACCAGACGAGAAGCAGGAACCAAUUGCCCCAGCUGCAGCUGCGCCAGUCUUUGUCGAUCCAGCCCAGCAAGUUCUCUUUAGAAAGCCUGCCUACAACUUCUUCCCGCGCCCAGUUCAGCAGGUUCAGCUCGCUCCAGUUCAGCCAGUGUUCCAGCCAAUCUACCAAGUCCCAGCCUACCAGGCUCCCGUUCAACAGACCUCUUGCGCCGACAAAUUCUCUAGCUGCUCUGCUUGGAAGUCAGUCUGUAACAACGCUUCUAUCCAGAACCUCUGUCCUUCAACUUGCGGUCUUUGCGGUACCCAGGUUCAAAUUCAACAACCAAUUCAAAUUCAGCAAGUUGCUCCUGCUCCUGUUCCAGCUAAACAAGCGUUUUUGACUCCAUUCGAGCAUUUGCAUGAAAACACAAAAUUUGACGAGCUUUUGGUUGAAAAUCAGGCCGAAUUCAUUUCUCAAAUGAAUUUUACAAUGGUUUCUGACAACUGCGUCGAUCAAGAACUGUUCGAUCAGUGUUACGAAAUUUGCCGAGCCAUUUAUCUUCAAUGCUCCACAAAUUGUGACAAUGCUUCCUGCGAUGUUGAAUGUUCAAAUCAGUUCAAAGAAUGCGGCGCUUCCUGCCCUUGUGGAGAAAACUGCCCAAAUGGUUGUGCUGGCUGCGAAAACGAUAUCUGCGGCGAUAAAUGUGAAAACGCCAAGACGGAAAAUCUGGACUUCAUAAACUGUCGAGAAGCAGCUUUGGAAAAUCAGGCAAGCUGUACUCGAAACUGCCCGCCGAAAAGAAAUUGCUUCGAAGAAUGCAACGCCGCUUUCCUUGAAGAGCUCGAUGAAUGUCCUUGUGUUCAGGAAGAAACGGCGACAACAACGACGAUGAGUACGUCAACGAUCGCCUCGAAUGAACCGAGAUGCGAUCUUUUUGAUGGAACCAGCUCAAGAUCAACUCAUUCAGCCCAAUUUUCGCAUAAUUAUGUCGAUCUGGGAUACUACAAAGGCCAGCCAACAACAGUCGGAGGCGGUAACAGCGACGGCCACCAAAAAGUCGAGACUUACUCGACUUCUGGAUGGACAAGCUUGCCAGAUCAUCCCAGGAAUAUGAAUGGUCAUACUCUUACAGGACUUGAGAGUGGAGCGAUGUUGAUGGUAGGUGGAUACGAUUACACGAGUGGAGAUUACAACAAAGACAUUUGGCUAUUGAAAGAAGAAGUUUGGACGCUUAUUGGAUCUCUAAAAGAGAACUCUCGUCUUGGCUCAGCAUUGAAGAUUGGAAACUACAUAUAUCAAGUCAAUGGAAACCAAAAAGAUUCGAAUGGCCUCUACCCGGUGGAGAGAAUCAAAGUUGCGAACGACGAAAUCAUCGAAACACAGGUCAUCGGCGCACACGAGUUUACCAGCUACAAACCAGCCAUCUUGGAAGUAACGGCCGACUUCUGCGUCUGA